CUUUUAGUCCAAAAAAUAAACUGACAUACAGUCGCAUACAGUGACCGAUCAAAUACGAGAAAGUAUUCUUUGUUUAUUCAUUAAUUGUUAUAAAAAUGCUUUCGUUCUUGAAAAAUACCAUUGCAACAAAACAAGGAUUUACUAAAUACGGAGCUGCUGCAAAUUAUUGGAAUGUAGUUGUAAAUAAAUCAUACACAACUAAAGACAAUGCUACUAAGAAUAUUGUGUACAUUGAUGGUGUUAGGACACCAUUCUUACAAUCUGGAACAAGUUACAAAAACUUAUUGUCAUACGAUCUUGCAAGGCAUUCGUUGGUGUCAUUGCAAAAAAAGAUUAAUUUUCCCAAAGAAAUAGUUGAAUAUAUAGUAUAUGGUACUGUAAUGCAAGAAGUAAAGACAUCUAAUAUUGGCAGAGAAGCUGCUCUAGCAGCUGGGUAUAGCGAUCAUACCCCUGCACAUACGGUAACAAUGGCAUGUAUCAGUAGCAAUCAAGCUCUUACAACUGGUAUGGGUUUAAUUGCUUGUGGUGUGUACGAUGUAAUCAUUGCUGGUGGAGUUGAAUUUAUGUCUGAUAUACCGAUUAGACACAAUCGACGUAUGAGAUCUUUGAUGCUACAAGCUAACAAAGCAAAGACUAUUGGACAAACGCUGUCUCUUCUUUCAACUAUUAGGCCACAACAUUUUGUACCAGAUUUGCCUGCCGUGGCAGAAUUUUCUAGUGGGGAAACAAUGGGUCACAGUGGUGAUAGAUUAGCUGCAGCAUUUGGGGUAUCAAGGCUGGAACAAGAUGAGUAUGCAUUACGGUCACAUACGUUAGCUGCUAAUGCACAAAAACAAGGAUAUUUGACAGAUGUAGUUCCUUACAAAGUUCCCAAUGUGGACCAAAUAAUUGACAAAGAUAAUGGAAUUCGUGUCUCUACAUUAGAACAAUUAGCAAAAUUGAAACCAGCUUUUGUUAAACCAUAUGGUGUAGUUACUGCUGCUAAUGCUUCCUUUUUGACUGAUGGAGCAUCUGCCGCCUUGAUUAUGACAGAAGAAAGAGCUCUUCAACUGGGUCUUACUCCAAAAGCGUAUUUAAGAAAUUUCACAUAUGUUUCCCAAGAUCCCAUCGAUCAGUUACUAUUAGGGCCAACUUAUGCAAUACCAAAGGUAUUAGAGAAAGCUAAAUUAGGUGUGAAAGAUAUAGGUGUAUGGGAAAUACAUGAGGCUUUUGCCGGACAAAUUUUAUCUAAUUUAAAAGCAUUGGAUUCCGAUUGGUUUGCACAGAACUAUUUAGGAAGAUCCACAAAAGUGGGAAUUCCAGAUCUUAAUAAAUGGAAUGCGUGGGGUGGAUCUUUAUCGAUUGGUCAUCCAUUUGCAGCAACUGGAGUUCGAUUAGCAACUCAUACAGCCAAUAGACUUAUCAGAGAAGAUCAACAGUUCGGGUUGAUUGCUGCUUGUGCAGCUGGUGGGCAGGGAGUAGGAAUGAUUAUGGAAAGAUACCCUGGUGCUAAAGUGUGAAUCAUGGGAAAUAACUAAUUAUUUUCGAGAACUGAUCACUUUGUACAGAGUAAACACAAAGUGUACAAUGAGAAAAAUUUU